GGUCGAGUACAUUAGCUAGGUAUGUCGUUUCCACUUCCCUUUUGCAUCUAUUCAUCUAUUCACCCUUUAUGUAUUUACACAUCUUCCCUUUGGUGCACAAUACCACAUUAAACCCCUCCCCCUCUUUCCUUUCUCAUAUCGACCGAGGUCAAGGUUAUCUGCCUGAAUAAUGAGGCAAGAACCACCAGAAAAACCCCUCAACACCAUAAACCAGCCAUAAACGUAAAACUACCCCAUCUCAGAACUGUAAAAGCACCCGUACACGUAACAGAACGUAUUGACAAAUUAAACGGAUAUACACAAAACCAAAAUACAAGAAACCCAAUACUCUACUCCGUUCCAUGGAACCAUCACCCUUCUAGUCUUCUAGAAUGCGCAAUCCCCCAUACAAACGACACGUGUGAACCAAGAAACUAGGGAAGAUCCGCUGCCAACAAUGCCAUUUGUCGCGCCAAAAUAAGAAAAUGGUCUGCAGAUGGGACAAAAAUAAAAUUAAAAAAAGAAUAAAUAAAUGAAAGGGGCGGCUAGAGAGAAAGAGGGAGGAGGAGGGCCAGCCAGACGAGGUCCCCGAGAGCAGUUAUUACCCACAUACAAAUCUGCAAUCACUGAUCGACAGCAUAUAAUCAAACUAACCACAGAUUUGCACCGCCACUUGCGAUCCCAAUUGAGUGUUCAAGAGUCAAGACCCUGCCAACCGGGUAAUUUCAUCGCUUCAACCAGGGAAACCAAGACACUGGAUCCUCGCUUGUCAUUUCCGUGUUCAGGGACUUGUGACGUUCUAGAAGACGUGUUAUCCGUGGCUCGUACCAUGGUUGAGAGGGUUGCUUUGAUAAUGGCUUUCUUUCUGCACGGGAGUCCCGGGCGUUCGGGUCUAAAUCUACGCGUGGCUAAUUUUUUUUGGCUUAUCUCUGGAUUUCUUUUUGGUGGGUUGAGAUUAUUCAUGCAAAAUUUCAAGUAAAAUUACCAGGAAAGAAACAAGAAACAUGGGUUGGUUUUUCUUUGCCCCUCUCCCGAGUCGAGAAGAGAACGUAGACUGAAGAUCCUGACGCAAUCCCCAUCAUCACAGGUCUCAUUCGCUACCGAGGAAAUUCUGCCUGAAUACCGGCUUUCCAACCUGCCUCGGGACAUGCCAUGACAGGCGACUCCAGUCGCCCACUUGGAACGUUGCGCACUAUUGAAUUCGGGGACUGGGGCGUUGGAGCACUUUGACGGGAAUGGGGGGCGUUAUCGGACAUCCCGUAGUCUGUAUGGGGCUUGCUUGGUCGAUUUUCCCUGUGCUUGUAAGCAUUUAUAAUCACGCGCACUUGGUUUAAUUGCUUAAUUUAAAAGCGUGCUAUUUUUGGACAGUGCGUUCGGGAAUUGGCUGGUUCGGUAUUUGGCUGCUUCUUUUUUGGGUUCUUUUCUUCUUUUCUUCUGUCUAUUGGAAUUAUAGUCUUGGUUUAAUUUAAUUUAACGUAGUUUGAUUCAUAUUUUUGGGGGGUUAUUUUU